ACAAUCCCAACAAAAGCUACUUCGACCUCCAUGCCAGACGUUUUUUCAAUCAAUAUCAGCAGGAUAUGGAUAAAUUCAACAUGGAAGUGAAACCAGUGACAGUAUACACUAUGAUACUAAUGGACACAAAGCACAAGAUGUUUUACAGCUCCAGUGCUGGUGUCUUGAUAGAGAAUCUGCGAUUAAGUUCUAUCUAUAAUGGCGAAGAAGAUGAACGGAGUGCAGGAUGUUGAUAUAUUCAAAGCAGAACGGGAGGGAAAAUUGAGAGAAGUUGGUAACCAAGCAGUAUGGUCUUUGUCAUCGUGCAAACCAGGAUUUGGAGUGGAUCAGCUUCGGGAUGAAUCGUAUGAAACCUUCUGGCAGUCAGAUGGACCUCAGCCUCACCUUGUGAACAUUCAGUUCAAGAAGAAAACAACAAUACAAGACAUUUGUCUGUAUGCAGAUUACAAGGCAGAUGAAAGCUACACUCCAAACAGAAUAUCCAUCCGAGCGGGCAACCACUUCAACGACCUGACCGAGGUGGAGCAGGUGGAGAUGAGUGAGCCGGUGGGCUGGGUGUGUGUCCCACUCAAGGACGUUAAUGACAAGCCAAUCAGAACAUUCAUGAUCCAGGUCACUGUGCUGUCCAACCACCAGAACGGCCGUGAUACACACAUACGGCGGAUAAAGGUCCGUUCUCCCACCCACUGUUCAGACAAUGCCAUGGUGAGGGCACAACUUCACAGCGUUAGAGUUCACACAGUGUACAAGAUAGUGAUGAUGAUCUUCUGUCCUCCAGGAGUUCAGUCAGGUGUACAAGAUAGUGAUGAUGAUCUUCUGUCCUCCAGGAGUUCAGUCAGGUGUACAAGAUAGUGAUGAUGAUCUUUUGUCCUCCAGGAGUUCAGUCAGGUGUACAAGAUCGUGACGUUGAUCUUCUGUCCUCCAGGAGUUCAGUCAGGUGUGCAAGAUCGUGACGUUGAUCUUCUGUCCUCCAGGAGUUCAGUCAGGUGUACAAGAUAGUGAUGAUGAUCUUCUGUCCUCAACAGUACUGGUGUUGAUAGUUCUAGUAUCAACAGUACUGGUGCUGUCAGUUCUAGUAUCAACAGUACUGGUGCUGUCAGUUCUAGUAUGAACAGUACUGGUGAUGCCAGUUCUAGUAUCAACAGUACUGGUGCUGUCAGUUCUGGUAUCAACAGUACUGGUGCUGUCAGUUCUGGUCU